AUGCGCAGCCAGCUGCGCGCGGCUGUCGACGGCAGAGGCCCGUGCCGCCCCGACUCAGAGGUGACUGAGAGGCUUCGCGAGCUGGUGCGGCCACACGUCGAGUCGUUUGACUGGUUCGUCAAGGAAGGCCUGGACGAGGGUGUCGAGUCGCUCGAGCCCGAGGAGUUUGAGAGCGCGGCGGGCUCUCGCAUCAAGCUGUGGCUUCUGGAGGCGAAGCUCUAUGCGCCCAAGAGCGACACGCGCAAGGACCAGGACCUCUUCCCGUCCGAGUGCCGCCGCCGCGGCGGCUCGUACACGGGCCAGCUGCGCGUCACGCUCCGCUACACUGUCGACGACGGCCCGCCGCUCGACUUUGACCGGGCGGUCGGCCAGCUGCCCGUGAUGGUGCGCUCGUGCGCGUGCCACCUGCAUUCGCUCUCGGCGCCGCAGCUCGUCCACCGCCGCGAGGAGCGGCACGAGCUCGGAGGGUACUUCAUCUCAAACGGCGACGGGCGCAACCUUCGGCCGCUGGCUCGCGCGAUCCGGCUGCUGAUCGUGCCGCGGCGCAACCACGUGACGGGCAUCGUGCGCCCCUCCUUCCGCAACCGAGGGCCGCUCUUUACCCCGUACGCGACAGUAAUCCGCUGCGCCAACUCAGACCAGUGCUCGCUCACUGUCGGGCUCCACCUGCUCUCGUCUGGCUCCGCGCGGCUGCGCAUCACAAUCAGCAAGAACGAGUUCUUCCUCCCCGUCGUGCUCGUGCUGCGCGCGCUGCGCGACAGCUCCGACCGAGAGGUGUAUGAGCGGGCGACCGGCGGCGACGGCGACGACUCCUUCGUCGCCGACCGUGUCCUCGAGGCGCUCCUCUACGACUUUGGCGAGCCGCUCGCGACGCGGAAGCACUGCCUCGGCUUCCUCGGCCGCCAGUUCCGGGCGAUGCUGCGGCGGCCGCUUUGGGAGUCGGACGAGCAGGUCGGCGCGUUGCUGCUGCGGCGGCAGGUCUUCAUCCACCUGCAGCACCGCGAGGAGCGCGACCGCGGCGAGGCAAAGUGGGAGCUGCUGAUGCUGAUGCUGCAGCGGCUGUACGCGCUGGCGGCGGGGCGUGUCAAGGAGGACAACCCCGACUCGCUCGAGGUCCUGCUUCCCGGCCACCUGUGGGCGAUGAUGGUGCGAGAGCAGCUGGGCGGCUGGGUGCGCGCCGUGGCCAACGCCGUCAAGCGAGAGCUCGCCAAGCCGUCGCCGGCGCUGCCCACCGACGAAAAGAUGAUUGCGUCGGCCCUCCGCAUGGCAACCUCGGCGGCCGAGCCCGGCAAGGCGCUCGGCUACUUUGUGGCGACGGGGAACCUGCGCUCCGAGUCGGGCCUCGACCUGCAGCAGACGGCGGGCUUCACCAUCGUCGCUGAGCGGCUCAACUACUGGCGGGCUCAGCUCCUCGCGCGACUUGCGCUCGGGCAUGUCCAUGUCCACGCCGUCACACGUCCGAGACGCGUCCGCAGGCGCUUCCUCGCGCACUUCCGCUCGAUCCACCGCGGCGCCUUCUUCGCACAGCUGCGCACCACCACCGUCCGCAAGCUGCUGCCCGACCAGUGGGGCUUCCUCUGCCCCGUCCACACCCCCGACGGCUCGCCGUGCGGGCUGCUCUCGCACCUCGCCGCUCCGUGCUCGGUCCAGCCGAGAUUCGCCGAGAUUAGGUCCUACCUUCUGCCGCACCUCUCCGCCGCCGGCGUCGCGCUGCUGCCGCUGGGCGGGGGGCUGCCGACCGCGCACUACAUGCCCGUGCUCAUCGACGGCGAGGUGGUCGGCUUCGUGCACAACGACGCCGCGCCGCACGCCGCCUCGCUCCUGCGCCGCCUCAAGGUCUGCGGCGCGACACCGCCCGACCCGGCCGCGCCGCUGCAGCCGCCGCCGACCAUCGCGUCGCUCGAGAUCGCGCUCAUCCUGCCGGGCGGCUCGCGGCGGCCGCCCGCGCUCUACCUCGCCGCGGGGCCGGCGCGGCCGCUGCGGCCCGUGCUCAACGUCUCCCUCGGCCGCACCGAGCUCAUCGGGCCGCUCGAGCAGACGACCCUGCGUGUGUCGUACGGCGCAGACGACGAGGGCCGCGCCGAGGCGUCGCACGCGGAGGUGACGCCGCACAACAUGCUCUCGCUCAUCGCGUCGCUCACGCCCUUCUGCGACUUCAACCAGUCGCCGCGCAACAUGUACCAGUGCCAGAUGGGCAAGCAGACCAUGGGCGUCCCCUUCCACGCCGUCGGGCAGCGCUCGGAGACCAAGGCGUACCACCUGCACACGCCGCAGUCGCCGGUGGUGCGCCAGCAAUCUCUCCCCCCAUCUCCCCCUAUCUCCCCUUCUCGCCGCAGCCGCCGGCUCGACGAGUACCCGCUCGGCACGAACGCGGUGAUCGCCGUCAUCUCUUACACGGGCUACGACAUGGAGGACGCGAUGAUCGUCAACAAAGCGUCGUACGACCGCGGCUUCGCGCACGCGUCGGUGCGCACGACCGUCGAGGUCAACCUCAACAAGCUCAAGACCAAGGGCGAGCCGCCGCACCACCGCUUCGGAAACCUGAAGCCGCCCGAGCCGCCCGACGACGCGCCGCCGACCACGCCUCCGCGUCUAGGCGUGGACGGGCUGCCGGAGGUCGGGCAGCUGCUCAAGGACGGCGACCCGAUCUGCGCCGUGCUCGACCUCGCCACCUCAAAGCACGAGCUGCGGUACCACAAGUCGUCGGGCGGAGAGUCGGGAGGCGCAGCCGUGGUGGAGGAGGUGCGCGUCGUCGGCGGCGACGGAGACUGGCAGGAGGGCGGCCGCGACGCGCCCGUCGCCUUCAUCCGGCUCCGCUACAACCGCAACCCCAUCCCGGGCGACAAGUUUUCGUCGCGCCACGGCCAAAAGGGCACGUGUCCCCUAGGCGUGCUCUCGCGGCUGUGGCCCGCGGAGGACAUGCCCUUCACCGAGUCGGGCAUCACGCCCGACAUCUUGUUCAACCCGCACGGCUUCCCGUCGCGCAUGACCAUCGGCACGCUCUCCUCUCUCGAGCUGCGGGGCGCGAGGGCGCCCAAGGCGGGCGCCGCGCACGGCGUCACGCAGGACGCGACGCCCUUCCAGUUCUCGGACAAGCACCGCGCGGUGGACUACUUUGGGGAGCAGCUGCGCGCGGCCGGCUUUUCGUACCACGGCACCGAGCCGAUGUACUCUGGCCUCUACGGCACCGAGAUGGAGGUGCAGAUCUUUGUCGGCGUCGUCUACUACCAGCGGCUGCGGCACAUGGUGUCGGACAAGCACCAGGUGCGCUCGCGCGGGCCGGUCAACACGCUCACCAAGCAGCCGGUGCACGGCCGCAAGAUGAGCCGAGACGGCCCGAGAUUAGGCGAGAUGGAGCGCGACGCGCUGCUCGCCCACGGCGUCGCCUACCUCGUGCACGACCGCCUCUUCCACUGCUCGGACGAGGCGCGCGCGCUCGUCUGCACGCGCUGCGGCUCGCUGCUCGCGCCGAUGAUGCGGCCGCCCGAGGGGGCGCUGUCCGGCCCGGCGUCGCGCGAGACGCUCUGCCGCGCGUGCGGCGACGGCGGCGCGGUGGACGCCAUCGCGCUGCCCUACGUCUUCCUCUACCUGACCAACGAGCUCGCCGCGAUGAACGUGAAGGUCAAGCUCGAUACGCGAUCGACCGCCGCGCUCAAGUGA